ACGCAUCUCAUCAUGUAUUUUAGCCGUAUGUAGAGAACCAGCAAAAGAAGAUGGAGACGAUUGGGGAUUUAUUCUACGUUCGAUAGACAAUUCAUCCCACGAUGUGGUUUACGAAACACAAGUUCGAAGCCAGAUUAACUUACCCCGUUGGGGUAAUAGCUUUGGAAGCCCUACUUUAUUUAUGUUUAGGUAAAAGGCUUUUCUUGCCUACGAUUUUGAUGUACAAGCUUUCAACUCCAGUCAGUAUUAUAAUACAGUUCAAAUGUCCUAUAUACAGGGCCAUGCUAACCCUCGCUCUUACUGCGAUCUUGGUCCAGCAGACUAGCGCAAACAUGGUUAUUGAUCGAGUCACCCAGAGUCUUAGUUUUAGGCUCGAUCAGGGGUCAUAUUGAAAUCCACCAAUGUUUUUCGGAUUAACCAUUGAUUUCUUAGGUAGUAACUCAAAC